AUGGCUUCCGUAUACAAGACCCUGUCCGGCGCGGAGAAAGACGAGAAGGAGAUGGGCGAGAAGAGAAACAAGCAGCGAGUCCUCAUUCUGAGUUCAAGAGGUGUUACCUUCCGACACCGACAUUUGCUACAAGACUUGUACUCGUUGAUGCCCCACAGCCGGAAAGAGGCCAAACUCGACACCAAGACUAAGCUCUACCAACUCAAUGAACUGGCAGAACUCUACAAUUGCAACAAUAUCCUCUUUUUCGAAGCCCGUAAGGGUAAGGAUCUCUACUGCUGGAUGUCCAAGCCACCAAAUGGCCCUACUGUAAAGAUGCACCUGCAAAACUUGCACACCAUGGAAGAGCUUAACUUCAUCGGCAACUGUCUCAAGGGAUCGCGGCCAGUUCUUUCUUUCGACGCUGCGUUCGACAAGCAGGCUCAUUUGCGCGUGAUCAAGGAGCUCUUCACCCAGAUUUUUGGCGUCCCCAAGACGAGCCGAAAAGUCAAGCCUUUCGUAGACCACGUGAUGGGCUUCACAGUUGCAGAUGGCAAGAUCUGGAUUCGCGUAUUUCAAAUCAACGAAAGUGAGCCUGGAAAGAAGAAGCCUAUCGACGGCGAGGAGAUGGAUGUCGACGAGGCGCCCAAGAAGAAGAAGGGCGGUGAAUUCGAUGUCAGCCUUGUCGAGAUCGGUCCCCGUUUCGUACUUACCCCCAUCAUCAUCCAGGAGUCCAGCUUCGGAGGUCCUAUCAUCUACGAGAACAAGGAGUUCGUCUCGCCCAACCAGAUCCGUUCCGACUUGAGGAAAUCAAAGGCCGGCAGAUUCAACAGGAGGACCGAUGCGCAGAGGGAUACGCUACUCAAGCACCAAGAUCUGGGACUUACGUCGCACGGUGGGCGCAAGAAGGAGAAGGAUCCGCUCAGCGACAAUGUACUAUUCGCGAUCAAGCACCAGCUGUGUUUGCGCAAAAUGAUUCUCAUCCUGUACUCGAUGUACUCGUCCACUCGGGAACCUUACGCGACUUAUCGCGCCAUCUAUAAGAUGUAUGUGCAGCCGAUGCAACUGUGGUGCAACAACCAACAAAUCAACCAACUCGCGCACCUUACCCUGUAUACCAGCUGGCAAGCCCCUUCCACCGCAGUUGUAUUUGAUCAUGCCCGUAUAAUCAUCCACAGAUUCAACAUUGAUGAUAUAAUUCCUGAUCCUCAGCAGAUUCCUCUGCGAAAAGUGAUCCAAGAACUGAUACGUCCGAUUCGGCGUAAGGUUAUUUGCAGUAAGUUCAACGGUACCUGUGAUACUUCAGGGCAUAAUCAGAGAGACUCAAUGCUGAUAGUCAAAACUCCAGAAAAUCCAACCCCAGAUUUACCCUACGCCCGCUCCAAGAUGCUAUUCGAAGACCUCGCAACCGAACUGGUCGUGCAGGUGUUCUUAUCAUGCCGCUCUGUCACCGACGUGACAGCUCUAUCUUCCACCUGUCGUCGUUUCCGCAAUAUUUUUACCUCGUCUCAAAAGCUUCUUAUCCUCGAGAAUGCCGCCGAAACGCAAUUCGGACCGCUGGAGGACCUCACCCAGCUUCUCACCCAUAAUGCCAGCCAGCCUGCGCACAUUGUUCGCACCGUUCCGUUCUCUCUAGCGCUGCUUAAGCAGAUUGUGCAUCAUGGGCGUGUAGCUGAGAAGUGGUGCGACAUAUACCCGUUCAAGAAAUGGAAGCACAACUAUGAACUACGCCGACUCUUGACCACGGAGGAGCGCUAUGUUGUGAGGAGAGCCAUUUACAGGAUUUGGCUUUAUUCACGCGCCUUUCACAAUCGCGAACACCCACGCGAAUUCCGUGCAACAAGACUCGUUCUACUCAAGCGUGCGGCACUCCUACACAACUGGAGUACAUGGGAACUAGCCGAGAUCGCCGACGUCCAUCGCGUCAUACGGGAAGUCGUACAGAGCAACGUCUGCCCAUCUAACGGCACCAUUGCCCGGAAAUUCAAGAAAAGGCAUCCUGGCAACGAGCACUCUCUGCUCUUCAACAACAUCCACCUCAACUACCCACCCACAGCCCCCCAAGUUUUCAAUCCCUUCACGCCUAAUCCUCUCUCCGCGCACUUUAAUAACACACCAACCUACACCUCGCGCUACGCGGCAUCGAAGUUCUCUCUCCACCCAUCCCACGAAGUCGGCGCUGAAGGCUGGGGUGAUGACAUUCCCCAUUACUACGUUAUCGAGGAUUACAUGAAGCUCGAUCCCGCUCAAAUAUUGUACCUAAAGGAACAUGCACCACUAAAAGGCAUGGUAGAGGGUUAUGUGAGGAGCUUGUGUCCGGAGUAUGAUUGGUUCACUAAUAAUGGGGAGACGUGGGUGCAGACGUUGGAGUUUGUGCUCGAUGAGCGUGGAGAGGAUGUUGGAGAUUUUAUGGGAGCUAUUGCGGAGGGUCAGGCUGGUGUUGCCGUCAUCGAAGUGUAA